UAUGAUUAUCCGAUUUGAUCAUGAGAUUACAUCAUCAUCAAUCAGCUCAGCAAGGAGAAAAUUAUCAAUAUUCGCGAGCAUUGGACUUUAGGCCAAGUUUUGCCUAGUUACAAAUCAUGGAAAGAACAACAGAUUUUUGAAGAUAAAAUAUUUUGAGAAUACGCAGUAUUCUAGGAUCCAUGAUGUGUUUGAAAGCAAAAGAAAAAAUAAAAAAAUCUUAUAACUAUAACUCUAAUCCUUCUUUGUGUCCUUAAUUAUAGUAGAAAUGUAUAUAUAUAAUGCAUGUCUGGAAUCAUGUUCACUUCAAGUUGUGUGUGUGUUAAAGGAACGAUACUAAGCCAGUUGCAACAGGCAUUACACUCUGGUGUUGUAAAUAAUCACUUCAAUGAACAAUAAUAACUCUCAUUCCCCAACGAAAGUGACGGAGAAAACAUCCGAUACUUGUAAAUACAUACGUACAUAACCAUGCCACUACCACACAAAAUAUUCGCAAAAUUUUGUGUUUUUCACAGAAAACAAACAAUCUUUCAAUACAACAACUACCAAACAUGCAUUGUGGCAUGAUCGUAAAAAUUAAAACAACAACAAUAAGAAUGUAGUCAAUUGCAACAACCAUAAUACAUCAAACGUCAAAUUGUUGGAGUGACAGUUGUCAGUAGCUGGCACCAGACAAAUGAAAUAGAAAUGACAAACAGCAACUAUAACUGCACAUAUGCUACAAAUACCAAAAAAUAAAAAAACACACACACACACAACCUAUAAAUGAGCGUAUUGAAACUACGGCAUUGCAUGGUUAAUGCGCUUAAAUAUGCGAUACCGCUUCUAUAUUUCUAUGCAUGUUGGUCUCUUUGGGAGUAUGUGACCUUUUUUUGAAGCGUUCAAUCUAAAACUAGUAGUUGCAAGUAUUAAUGCAACAACAAAACUGAACAACCGACCCACUGAUAAAAGUCUGAUGAAUAGACGCUGUAGUGGGCAAUAACGUACGUACAAUAGGCCAGGCAAUUGCAAUGAAUGGCACCGUCGUCAGACAAGCACGAGUAAACAAAUAGCAACCGCAGCAACAACAACAGCGGCACCUACAAAGUAUAACAUUUGUAAUGGUCAAACUGGUUACAUUGUAUGUAGAAGGAACUAUUGUAGUAGCAACAGCAGCCAAAACAACAACAACAGCAAACAUUGUAACAGCCGAGUGAAACUGCAUUUCCUUAUUGUGCGAAAAUUGUGACGAUUUCGCAAAGUUUUUUACAUUUCUUAUAUGCAUGUAGUAUGUAUGUAAGUACCUAUGUCUUUUUUGGCUGUGCAAAUGGACAACUGCUGCAUUUAACGAGCCGACGUCUGUCUACAUAGCGGCAAUGCAGUUGUUGGAUAGACAUUCGUCAGCGCAAAAACAAACAAACACUUGCGCAGGCGAAGUAAAGUGUGGGCAAAGUGACCCAAGAGGCCGUAGUCAUAUGGCUACAAGCUAUCUACACCGCUCUCUUCAGGUUUACAGUUUUUUCCUUGGAUCCUCUAUCAUUCAAGCCUUUCCUCGCAUAUAUGCAUAAAUGUUUUUUUUUAUUUUUUUGUGUAUUUUGCACUUUUAUAUGUUUGUAUAUGUAUGCAGGUCGUUCGCAAAGUACCGUUUAAAUGCAGUUUAUAACCGUUUAAUAACCAUUCACGUAAUUGUCAGCAUUUUGCAAUUUUGCUUUUAAUUAUUUACUCCUUUCAGCGAUUUCUCAGUGCUACUGGCUGACGAUCUGCUGAAUAUGCAUAAGUUUUGCUGCGAUCUCACCAUUUGUUUGAGACAUUUCUUAUUUGCAUUUAGUUCUUAGAAAAUAAUUUUGUGGCGAAUGUGUUCUUUGAUAUUGUUUUAUUAAAGUUUUGAUGAAUUGAAGCAGCUGUUUUCGAGAAUCAUGCAUUUUUGCGCCAAUCGUCGCUUUACCAAUGAAUACAGUGCGCAUAUACCGGGCGGUGGCCUCGAGAAAUUAGCUGGCUGCUUUAAGGAAGAAAGUUACUUUAACAUGAACGACUUAAAACUUUUGCUCAAGAUGCGCGAACAGACGCUACGCGGCGCCGGUUAUGACACCACCGACAUGAACAAUGUGAUCGACGAGAUCGAAGAGCUCGAUAAUGUGACGCCAGCACAUCGUCAGCAGAGCUUAAUGAACAAGCAUAAGAAUUGCAUGGAAGAGCUGUAUUUCCUAACCGAGGAGUCGAUGAACUUGCGUCGGCUCGAACAAAAAAUGCACUUGGAAGCCGAGCAGAAAAUGCGUGAUGAUAUCGCUUUGGAAAAUAGUCGUCGCGCUUUGCAGUUUUCAAAUCAAGCGGAGGCAAUGUCUAAAAUACGCAAUGCCCGAUAUACGGAGUGAAAAUUUUUUUCUUUUCAAAAUUGUUAUUUUUAUUUAUUUAUUGAAACAGACGAAAAAAUUAAGCAACAAAAUAAUAUUUUUUUUGGUAAACAUAAGUUUAUAUGCAAGUUGGCUUUUUUAAAUUUUUUUUCGUUUUUUGUUUUUAUAUUUUUUUUUAACAUUUUUGAGAACUAGUAUGUACGUUCGUUUCCGGGGAAAAAAUGUGGGAAAUUUAAAAAAGCCCAACUGAGCAGAGUUGCACGUAUUUGCACACACACGUACGCUCACUCGCACACAAACAAGCAAUAUUGUAACUAUAACGGUGAAUGCGCGUUGCCAACGCACAACCAGUUGUACGUAUGUAGGUUUAAUAUCGAGACUCACAUAUAAACGUGGAAAAAUCGGACACAACAUAUAGAUAAUCGAUAUGUGAAUAUGUUUUAGACUAGCAUAUGUGACCCAAGAGCGCCAUUUAUGUACAUAUUUAUUAUUUAGUAAAAUUUUUAUAUGUAGAAUUGCAAAUGUACACAUAUAUUUUUGAUAUUUUGCCUUCCAUAACAUAGUUGGAAUAUUAAACUUAAGCGAUUGCCAAAAGAA